AAUUCCCAUAUAUGCGAGAUGAAGGCAUACUUUUUCUUCCACUGCUCAUCUACAAAGGAUAUGCAAAACUUACCUACACUUCAGGGAGCGGUCGUUGAGGAUUACAAAUGUGCCAAGUACACUCAGCAAUUAGUUAGUCGUACCCACACUUCACUCACUACCCGUCGAACGAGCCGGUCGGGAUUAUAUUACUACGAGUAUACAUGUAAGCAUUAUGAGAUAUGAGAGCUAAGGUUGAGGAGAAGUAUAAUACCAUUAAAUAUCGCUCUUGACCUCGUGUGUAACUACACUGCCCUUUCUUUCGCGACAUUGUAAAUUGAGAGACAGGUUUCAAUGAGGGUAUCCUUCGGCAUUGCGAGAGAACGGACUCAGUGAGAUGCAAUUAAUUGCCUUCAUCGUAGUUCGACCACAACACAAUUGCCUCGAUGUCCAAACCGGAACGAGCCGUUGUGGCAGCAAUCGAUGAAAAGCCGGCACUCGCCGUGACGUCCGAGUCCGAUGAUGCUUCUACCGGGCCUGCGAACAACGCAUCACCGUCUCCGUCUCCGUCGCCCGGAGAUCACGAUGCCGGGCCGCCGAACGGAGGUUUAGUGGCUUGGCUGCAGGUCGCUGCUGCCUUUGUCCUCUAUGGCAAUACCCUCGGGUUGCUCAACACCUUUGGUGUGUAUCAGACGUACUAUGAAACACACCUGUUGAAAGAGUACUCAGGAUCUAACAUCUCAUGGAUCGGCUCAAUCCAGUCACUAUUCCUGAUGGCUGUCGGGGUCUUCGUAGGGCCGCUCUAUGACGCCGGCCACUGUCGGACCCUGCUCAUAACGGGCACCAUUUUCGUCGCUCUGGGCUUCAUGCUGACGAGCAUAAGCACCGCGUACUGGUCUAUCUUUCUAGCACAGGGUGUGCUCACCGGCCUCGGCACGAGCUUCUUGGUGAUCCCUUCCAUCGCCAUCGUGCCACCAUAUUUCAAGCCAGCCCGGCGACCCCUUGUUAUGGGCAUAGCGACGCUUGGAAGUGGUCUCGCCGGCGUUAUUUACCCGAUCGUAUUCCAAUCGCUGCAGCCCGCCGUCGGGUUUCCGUGGGCGGUGCGUGUGCAGGGUUUCAUCUCAUUGGCGCUCUGCCUCUUCGCUGUCAUCGUGGCCCGCCCGCGGUACGCAAAGAAUACCAAGAAGCGAGCAUUUCGCACUCUAUUCAAGGGCGCCAGCCUUGGUGACUCAUACUUCAUCCUCUAUGUGAUAUCGAUAGUCUUUAAUAAUCUAGGCUUCUUCCUACCUUCGUUCUAUCUACAGACCUAUGCAGAAUUGCAUGGGGGUGCUGGAUUGGCCGUGACAAAGUACCUCCUUGCCAUUCUAAAUGCAUCGUCUAUUUUCGGCCGACUUGUUCCGUCGGCUCUGUCCAAGUGGCUCGGCGUUAUCAAUGCCUUCAUCAUUACUGUAUCCUUGUCAUCUAUCAGCAUCUUUUACUGGAUUAGCGCAUCCAAUAUCGCAGGCAGUAUCUCAGUCGCUGUGUUAUACGGAUUCUUCUCCGGUGGUGUGGUGGCAUUCGCACCUGUUGUCCUCACGUUGCUCACCGAAGACUUGUCGUACCUAGGAACCCGACUGGGUGUGUUGAAUAUUUUCAAAGGUAUCGCCUCCGUUAUUGGCUCCCCAAUCGGCGGCGCCAUCAUCCAGCGCAGCGGCGAUUAUCUUGGCAUGCAGCUGUUUAGUGCUUUUUCGGUUCUUCUCACUGCGGUAUUUGCUGGUGUCAUUCAACUGAUGCUAUCGAGGGAAAAGAAGCAGGCCACUUAAUACAUGUAAAUAUCUUCCUAGAGGUGAAUACAGGGCGAAAUCAUAAGUCGCAACGUCUACGAUAUGCCAUAUUACGUCUCACUUGUCAUUCUCACAUACCCACAAAAC